UUUGGAGACAGGUGAGUGAUGUCACCCUGUAGAUUUCCCAUCAUGCAUCUCUCUGCUGUGUGAUGCAGCCUGUUGCCAUGGAGGAGCUGGUCAGAAACAUGUCCAGGUGUCAGCACCUGGGCUGGAUGAACGUGAUUGAGCUAAAGAGCGCCUCCAUUCAUUGGCUGUCAUGUGGUCAGAGGGCGGAGCCUGAUGUGUGGAGUAAAAUGUUCUGCAUCCUGUCAGACGCACAAUUACUGCUGCUCAACAACCUGGAGGUUCAUCCUCUUCUUCUGGCAGAGAGGGCGGAGUCUUGUACAGUUUGGUUGCUAAGAUACACUUUGCAUGUGACCUCAGCCCCUUCUUUCUCCGCCCACAAAGAUGUUCCAGGGAGGGGUGUGCGCCGACAGAGCAUGUCCAGUAGCUUCGCUGUGGACACACCCACUGCCAGAGUGACGGGUUUUCUCUCUCGGCGUUUGAAACAGUCUCUGCGUCGAACUCGUUCACAACCAAAACUCUCUCGUCAGAGCAGCGUGAAGAAUGACGCCAUCACCUCCGCAGACGCCAGGUGUGUAAUGCAGCAGCUGCGUUGUGAUAGCCAGGAGUCAUUGCUAAGCGCCGGCUGUGUGUCGUCUCUGGAGCUCAGGAUGGACCAAUCAGUGAUCAUUAAACCUGUCCACUCGUCCCUGCUCGGACAGGACUACUGCUUCGAGGUAACAACCUCGACAGGCACCAAAUGCUUCUCCUGUCGUUCGGCGGCGGAGCGAGACAAAUGGAUGGAGAACCUCCGACGAGCCGUUCAUCCCAACAAAGACAACAGCAGGAGGCUGGAGAACGUCCUGACGCUGUGGGUCAUUGAGGCCAAAGACCUGCCCGCCAAGAAAAGGUACUUCUGCGAGCUGUGUCUGGAUGACAGUCUGUACGCUCGGACAUCAUGUAAACUGAAGACGGACAACAUCUUCUGGGGUGAACGUUUCGACUUCAGCAGCCUGCCGUCCGUCAGUGCCAUCACCCUCCACGUCUACAAAGACACCGACAGAAAGAGGAAGAAGGACAAGAGCAGCUACGUGGGUUUGGUCAACAUCCCUGUCCCCAUGGUGACCAGCAGACAGCUGGUGGAGAAGUGGUACUCGGUUAGCACGCCGAGUACCAGUCGAGGUAAGUCGUCUGUGCCCAUGGUGCGAAUCAAAGCUCGUUACCAGAGCAUUGUCAUCCUGCCGAUGGAGCAGUACAAAGAAUUUGCAGAGUACAUCAGCUCCAACUACCUGCUGCUGUGCAACACACUGGAAGCCGCCAUCAGCCUGAGAGCUAAGGAGGAGCUUUCCGCUGCACUGGUCCACAUCCUGCACAGCACCGGGAAGGCCAAGGACUUCCUCACAGACCUGAUGAUGUCAGAGGUGGAUCGUUGCCGAGACAAUGACCAGUUGAUCUUCAGAGAGAACACCCUGGCAACAAAAAGCAUCGAGGAAUACCUGAAGCUGAUUGGACAAAAGUACCUACAGGAUGCCCUGGGUGAGUUCAUCAAAGCUCUGUACGAGUCAGACGAGAACUGUGAGGUCGACCCGUCACGCUGCUCGACCUCUGACCUCGCAGAGCAUCAGGCCAACCUGAGGAUGUGCUGCGAGCUCGCCUUCUGCAAGAUCCUCGACUCGUACAGGGUCUUCCCUCGGGAGCUGAAGGAGGUGUUUGCGUCAUGGCGUCAGGAGUGUGGUAACCGAGGUCGACCUGAUAUCAGUGAGCGUCUCAUCAGCGCCUCAUUGUUCCUGCGCUUCCUGUGUCCUGCUGUGAUGUCACCAUCGCUGUUCGACCUGAUGCAGGAAUACCCUGACGAGCGCACAGCGAGAACUUUAACUCUCAUCGCCAAAGUCAUCCAGAACCUCGCCAACUUCAGCAAGUUCGGCACAAAGGAGGAGUACAUGCUGUUCAUGAACGACUUCGUGGAGCGUCAGUGGAGCAGCAUGCAGCGUUUCCUGCAGGAGAUCUCGAACCCAGACGGACUGAACCACACGGCCGGCUUCGACGGGUACAUCGACCUCGGCAGGGAGCUGUCAAGUCUGCACACCCUGCUCACCGAGCUCGACCAGGUAACACACUGUCUCCAGGCGUCUCUGUCGAAGCUCGGCCCUCUUCCUCGGAUCCUCAGAGAUGUUUCGACGGUGCUGGCUAACCCUGGGGUCGUGGUUAAUCAUGGGGGUGUGUCCUCUCCAGAGCCUCAGCGGGUAGUGUCACCGCCCUCACUCUCUCCGCCCCCUCUGUCUCCACCCCUCUCCCCACCGCUGGCCACCUGUAAUCCCUCCAUUGGCCUGCAGGGAGGCGUCGGACUGGAUGGAGGCUUGGUGGACUUUACCAGACUUCCGUCUCCAACUCCAGAAAACAAAGAUUUGUUUUUUGUCACUAAAGGGUCAAGUCUUCAGCCUGCGUCAGGCCUGCAGGGCUCUCCGGCUCCGAGCUCUUCCUACUCAGAGCCCAAUGAGAACGAGGCUGCCUUCGAAAUGACCAAUGGAGCCAGGAGGGAGGGGCCAGAGCUAACCAAUGACAGCCGCAGUCGGUCUCUGGUCGACCUGCAGGACUCCUCCCCUAGCGAUGGCCUGGAUGACAGCCAAUGGCAGCGCAGGACAGGGCUCCUCCCUCUGUCCUUCCAGAACCCGGUGUAUCACAUGACUACCACGUCUCCACGACAACCACAGCAGCAGACAGAAGCCACGCCCCCGGACGGCUCCCUGGGAAACGCAGACGAGAGGAUCACCAUGGCGACAAAACCGGCUUUUCUUACCCAGAUGUCCGUGGGGCUGGGCGGGGGGGAAAGGACGUCGGCCAUGUCGAGUAGCAGCAGCGGAGAAGAAUACUCGAGACGAGCGCUGUCCCUGACGGACACGCUGACAGGUGGGCCCACCCCCCCUCGUCAGAACUCGUCAGGCCCUCAGAGACGCAUUGAUCAGCCUCCCCCCCCCAACUCCGCCCCGCCAGGACCCCCUCGAGGCCGGACACCUCCCAGCAUGCUCAGUGGCAGCGGGGGCUCCGCCUACCCACCCCGCCCCGCCUCCGGCAGCAUGAUGUCAUCGAGCCCAGAUUGGCCGAGCAGCGGCCAGACGCGGCUGAGACAGACGUCGUCCUCGUCCAAAGGAGACAGUCCCGAGAAGCCCCGCCCUGCUGCCAAGGCUCCCUCUCCCUGUGCGUUGGACAGAACAGCUGCUUGGCUUCUCAACAUGAACUCUUCUUCUUCUUACUGCGAGGCGGAGGACGAUCGCCAUGACGACGCCCUUGUGGAAAAAUACCAGCAGGAGAUUGCGUUGCUGCAGGAGAAGUUGCGUGUUGCGUCUCUGCGUCAGGACGAGUGUGAGACUCGUCUGCUGGUUCAGGAUCAACAGAACCAGAGGAUGCUGCAGGAAUACCAGUCUCGUCUUGAGGACACAGAGAGUCGACUGAGACGACUUCAGGACGACAAAGAUCUUCAGAUGAACAGUAUCAUCAGCAGGUUGAUGGCAGUAGAGGACGAGUUAAAGAAGGACCACUCGGACAUGCAGGCUGUAGUCGACUCCAAACAGAAGAUUAUAGAGGCUCAGGAGAAGCGGAUAGCGAGUCUGGACGGGGCGAACUCCCGCCUGAUGGCGGCGCUGACGCAGCUGAAGGAACGCUACGCCGUGACAUCACAGAGGAACGGGCUGUCUCCUAGCAACACGUCGUCCCUGCAGAUCACGGAGAACGGAGAGUUCCGCAACUCCAGCAACUGCUGAGCUCAUUGGUUGUGACAGCUGGGAGGGGGCGGGGCCUGAGGCAGAACUAUCUCAUCAAACACACCAUUUUUUUUACAUCCAUCAAUUAACACAAUCAACCCUCAGCUCCUCAAGUCCGGCUCCGCCCCCUUUCCUAGGUUAUGAUCCAUUUCCUGAUUUUGAUUUGCAUGUUUCUUAACAACAGCUGACAUCACAUCCUGUUUCCUUCCUCUGGUCCAAUCAGAUUUACUCCAAAUGUUUAUGGCUCAUACAUACAUCGAUCAUUUUUAAAAGAACAGUCCAACACUGUCGUCUCAGUUUCAUGUCUGUGUACAGAGACAGGUCCUGGUCAGCCUAGCUUAGCAUUAGCCGGGAAGCAGAGAGAGACUGACCUAGUUAGCCUAGCCUAGCUCCACAGAGCACAACAUUAAUGGAACUGUUGCGUUGUCGUCGCUUCCUUAGCGUCGAACGUUGUUGUUAGUUUUGUGUUAAUUUUACUGAUUUUAAUGUAAACAUCAGAUUCUAUUGUGAGACAGUAAAAACUAUAAAUUGUGAUGAAAUGUUUAUGAGAAAACACACACACACACACACACACACACUGUCACCUGCUGGACUCUGUUGCUCGAUGUUGCUUCUGUCUCUGUAUUUAUUUUCUUCUUAGCGAUAUUUAUCAAUAUUUAUAAAAGAUGCUCCAAUAAACUA